AUGUCAGAAGUAAUGUUUGCUCUUAGAAACAGGUUUAGAAAAAGCACGCCGCAACAACCAUACAAUAUACGUGCCAAGAAAACCUAUUUAAAUGAUCACAAUGCUUUUAAUUUACAUAAUGACUUGGAUCAUAAUAAUUUGAAUUAUAUGAACCUGCGAGAUAGCAACAGCUUAAAUUAUAAUGACCAGCAACUUAAUAGUAAUAAUUCACAGUCCAGUUUUAACCAAAUUUAUAGUAGUAAUGAUCAAUGCUCUGGUAGACAUAAUAUAGGUUUGAAACUUAACCAAGAAUUUGACGACUUAGAUUAUGAUGAUAAUAGUUCAGAAAAUAUAAAUCGAGAAUUUGCUGACUUAGGUUAUGACGAUAAUAGUUCAGAAAAUGUAAAUCGCGAAUUUGCUGACUUAGAUUAUGAUGAUAAUAGUUCAGAAAAUAUAAAUCGAGAAUUUGAUGACUUAGGUUAUGAUGAUAAUAGUUCAGAAAAUAUAAAUCGAGAAUUUGAUGACUUAGGUUAUAAUAAUUUAGAAAAUAUAUGUAGUGAAGAUGUAUUUAAUACUGAUAUAGAUAGUAGCUUAGAUGGUGAUGAAAGAAUGUAA